AGAUAAUGUGAGCGGUCGAUUGGAGGGGGAUUGAAAAGAGGCCCCCGGAAGAGAGGGAUUGUGUCAAGUGCAGCAGAGAUUUAGUAAAAACGGGAGAAAGAGGUUGCUACACUGCAGAGGAUGGAAGAGAUAAAGUUGUGUUAGAACGUUUUGAGGUGGAAAGAGCAAGGGUCCUCGAGUUUUUUUUUUUCAAUCACAAUAAAGGCCAAGCAAGUGUAAAGCAAUGCUAAAGUGGCCAUGACCUACAUCUUGCAAAAAGAUGCACGCCUGAUUCCAACAUAUCUCUCAAAAAGUGGCGACUGCAGGACUGCAGGAAGUAGGCAGUAACAAGCCCGUUUUCUUACUUGUACCUGCAGUUGUAACAUUGGCUCAACUGUGAGUGACAGCUGUGUCGUCCCUUACGGUUUGUGGUCAAAAUUAGGGGUGUCACGAGAUACUCGACGAUACACAACAUUGGGUCUAUGAGAAGAAGAUGAGACGAUACUUUAACAUUACUAUUCAGAAAAGUGCGAUGAAAAAUAUUUAAAAUAUCUAUUAAUUUCAUUUCUACUACGUUGCCUUUCAUUUGUCCUCACCAGACUACACUCUGUAUGUAUGCUAGCGGCCCCGCCUCCACCCGCCGAGACAAAGAGACUGUAUAACUGACAAAAGCCCUCACUCCGUUCAUGCUGUUGUUCUAUGAAGCAAACGCGCCCAAGUGCUGAAUCCGGUACGCAGUGAGAACCCUCUUCCUGCCUGUGUGGAGGCGGGGGACGAGGAAAACAGACUCACAUGCACAUGGCAACAUACUGAGGCUGGCAAAAUUGGGUUAAUUUUCAUUUAUUGUGUGAUUAAUUAAUUUAUUUAUUAUCAUCCCAGGCCUCGUGCACACAAGAAGUCUUGUCCUGUUUUAAUCUCAUGACAUCCUGUGACACCCCUAUUGAUGACUUGUGGACAAUUCUAGGUGGUCCCCGGUUUACGCCGUCUCGUGUUGACAUACGCGCUCCCAAAACUGAAUUUUGGCCCAUAAACACGAGACUCACUUGAGAAAUAGUUACAGCAUGGUGCGCGGCAGAAGAUUAGUCGUCCCUCACUCUAUUGCGGGUUUUCAAAAAAUAAUGAAUAAAUGACUGUUUCGUGGUUGAAUGUAGCAUAUUAUUUGAAAAAAAUGCACAUGUAAGCAAAUUACAUAUUUUUGGCCCAAGUUAAGCAUUGUGAAGCAUAAAAAUGUUCUAAAUGUUAUAAUAGUUUAGCAAUACUUUUAAGGCAGUGGUCACCAACCUUUUUGAAGCCAAGGUCCCUGGUCUCAGCUAUGAACCUGCGCAAGAUAUACCCCCAUUUACGCAAGAUAUUCAAAGCUUUGUCUCUAAAUACAAAGCUUUGUGUUAUUAUUCAACCUUUCAACUCUUUCUCAUUGUGCAUUUGCGCUAUUUUUACCAUUUUUGCUGUUUUUUAAAUGUUAUUUUGUUUAACUGUAACCGUUGUGUGCUCAGGCACAUUGCUGCGCUCUGUCUAUCUUCACUGGAACUUGCAGGGUGCUGCCUGGAGGGCGGCGAGGCGUAUGGUGUUGUUCAGCGGUCAAAAUGCGUGCAUGUUGGUCACUCUCCGGGAUGGGAGAGCACUAAUGUAACAAUACAUUUUUUUCUAACAUUCUCACAAUCGUCCGGCAAAGUCCCAAAGAUGGAUAAGUAGCUUUGCGAUCGAUGGGUUGGUGACUCCUGGUUUAAGGCAAUACAAGACAUUAAUGUAAUAUAGUCUACACUGGCCACUAGGUGUCACUAGUAACACACAACAGACUUGAUCGCCAACUAAGGAUUUUAUUAUUUUGUAAUUAUUCAUCUCACAACAGGCACAAUAAUAACAUGACCAUAAUAAUAGUCAUCAUCAUCAUAAUAAUAACACGAGCUACUGUUGUGUUGUUGUACUCCAGCUGAACUCUGAAUUCCCAACGUCACUUCCUGUCCGCACAUCCGGAAUACAUUUGUUAAAACACACACUAGCAUGAGACUUAUUGAUGUCUUAAAUGGCUUAUUUUCUGUGACUAUGUGACUACAUAGUGACUGCUACUACUAUGUGACUGUGACUACAAAUUUCGUGGCGAUGGGGCUUCACACCCUAAAGUUACAGUGGGUGUUUUGUAGCGCUGUGUGAGAAAUUUCAAGUCAGUCCAACUCCUGCCUCGUGGUGUAUUUGUCAGAACAUAAUCGCAUGUUUUGACAAGUUUUCACCCCUUUCACGUGAAAAACAUGCAAGAACACUUCAUUAUGUACAUCUGCACAGUUGAGUAGGCAUCGCCAUUAUGUCCGUUUAUUUCUGUGUUUUGCCCUGCAUCACACUGAGAGGUGUUUACAACCACAAAUUUGUGUAUUCCACCAUGCAUGCUUUCCAUGUGAAAACAGCUAUUGAAUCCCAUUACAUUUUACAGGCAUAUAUAAUGUUGCGGUAGUGCCAUUAGCUAAAUUAUGGGCUUAUAUUCAUGCACUCUGCAGCCUGACAGAUGCAUACCGCAGAACCGCAAAUGCUCUCCAAUGAAAACUUUAUUGUUUAAUGAGUGUCGUUUGUCUAUGUAAAUAUUGUUCUUUGCAUUUAACACAUCCUGUAGACAUGGCAAACAGCAUGUCGGCUAUAACAUUCAGUGUUUCCCACAUAUUCAUUUAAAUAGAUUUGGUGCAUAAAGACAUUAAAAUGCACCUGGGCUACCAGAGAAUAAGAGGACGGGGCAGGAGGGAUCGAUGUUGCCAACUCAGGCCAUGUCCACAUGAACACGGAUAUUUUCACAAACGCCCCUCUCCGGUGUCAAAUAAAUCUCUGUCCACACAGUGGCUUUUUUUAAAAUACGCAUUCAUAGGCUGUCACGAGCAAUCAGAAGCGUCGAUGACAUCAUUUCCACAGACUGCACAACAACAAACAUGGCGAUUCGCAGGAGAACAUACUGUACAUGUGGACUGUUAGCGAAGUAGCCUUACUUUUCAGUAGUUUAUUUAACAUUUGUCAGCAACAUUUCAAAUAAGAAAUUGCAUUAAAACUGAAAAUGUAUUAAAGAUAUGCUUUUUAUUCAAAUGUAGCAGAUGUUGAUUAUCACUGCCAUGCUGUGAAGUGUUGUUCAUUGUAUCGCUCAAGACUAGGCCUGCCACAGUAAUCAAUAAAUCAAUUAACCACACGAUAAAUAAAGGCAAUCUCGAUAAUUUUGCCGGCUUCGAUGUGUUGACAUGUGCAUGCGUGUUUGUUGUCCUUCUCUCUCUCUACCAAUCAGGCUGGAUGACAAGGGGAUUCACUCUGUGCAUCUGUCUCAACACCUGGGACAUAUGUGACGGUUUGACGUGUUGCCAUGACAACAGAGGCAGGCUCCGAGACGGAGGUGAAGGAGAACGCGGAGGAAAAGUCAGCUGUCCAGCUCGACCAAUCGGAGAAGACCACAGAGGGGACCCAGGAAGUGGCCGCCACCGAGGGAGAGGAGAGGCAGACAGAGAAGGAGAAGGAGAAAGAGGGCAAAGGAAUCACUCGCUACCUGCCAACAUGGUUUAAGAAGCAGAAGUCUCAAAGCCAGACCUCCCCAACCAAGGAGGUCCCACCCACAGAGGAGCCUACCAUCAAGGUGAGCCAGGAGGAAGCGCACAUCCCAGAGGUCAACGGGCACGCAGAGGAAGUAGAAGAGAAGGAAGCGGUCGGUCCACAGCAGCAGCAAGUGAAGGAAAAAGAGUCUCACUCCAACGCGAGCGCCGACACAGAGCCUGCCGGGGAAGGAAAAGUGGAAAGCGCCCAGAAAAGUCUAGAGGGGACAGAGGAAACGACUAAAGAAGGAGCUAAGGAGGAGAAGAAGAAGGAGGAGGUAGAAAAGGAGGGAGGCCAAGGCCAAACUUUCAUUUUCCAGUCGCCGCUCCGUUUGGUGAGGAAGAACAAGAUGAAGCUGGUGGUGUGUCACGUGACCCUGCUGGACGGGUCGGACUUCACCUGCGAGGUGGAGAAACGUGCCAAGGGCCUGUUCUUAUUCUUCAAGGUGUGCGAGCAUCUUAAUCUGCUGGAGAAAGACUACUUUGGUCUGACUUACAAGGACCACCAUGAGCAGAAGUGUUGGUUGGAUUCCACCAAGGAAAUCAAGAGACAGAUCCGCAGUAACAACUGGCAGUUUGCAUUCAACGUCAAGUUUUACCCACCUGACCCCUCGCUGCUGUCUGAAGACAUCACAAGGUACCUGUUGUGUCUGCAGCUACGUGAAGAUGUGGCGUCAGGUCGACUCCCCUGCUCCUUUGUCACUCACGCUCUGCUGGGCUCGUACACACUGCAGGCAGAAUUGGGUGACUACGAACCCGACCAACCUCGUCCUCUGGACUACAUCAGCCAGCUGACUUUUGCCCCCAAUCAGAGCAAAGAGAUGGAGGAGAAGAUUCUGGAGCUCCACAAGUCCCACAAGGGAAUGACACCAGCACAGGCCGACUGCCAAUUUCUAGAAAAUGCCAAGAAGUUGUCCAUGUACGGGGUCGACCUGCACCACGCCAAGGAUUGUGAGGGCGUGGACAUCAUGCUGGGGGUGUGCGCUAAUGGACUCCUGGUCUACAAGGACAGGCUGCGGAUAAAUCGCUUUGCCUGGCCCAAAAUACUCAAGAUUUCGUACAAGAGGAACAACUUCUACAUCAAGAUCAGACCAGGAGAGACGGAGCAGUUUGAGAGCACAGUGGGAUUCAAACUCCAGAACCAUCGAUCGGCCAAAAGGCUGUGGAAGGUCUGCGUGGAGAACCACAGUUUCUUCAGACUCAACGCCGCAGAACAACCCACCAAGGCCCGCUUCUUGACUCUGGGCUCCAAGUUCCGUUACAGCGGACGCACGCAGAACCAAACGCGCCUGGCCAGCACGCUCAUAGACCGCCCCGCCCCUGCUUUUGAACGCACCUCGUCAAAACGCAUCAGCCGUAGUUUAGAUGGAGCUCCGAUGAUCAGCAUCACAGAUACCAGCAGGGAGGCUGAGAACGGACGCGAGCCCCACCUGGAGCUCCACUCUGACUCCAAGGUGAAGGAGGCAGAUUUGAGCCCUGGCAGUGUGGAAGCCACGCCCGCCCAGAGUCCAGUGAGAGUGCGUGGGGAUAAUAUUUAUGUGAGACACAGUAAAUUGAUGUUAGAGGACCAUGAUAAGACCCAGGAAGAGGUACUGAAACACCAGGCUAGCGUUAGCGAGCUAAAGCGUUCCUUUAUGGAGGCGCCGCCCCCCUCCCCUCCUCAGCUCAACCUGUGGGAGAAGCGUCUCACCUCGUCUCCGGCCAUGGCGACGCGUGUCCAACAGCAGACAGUGGUGCCCGAGACGGAGGCCUCCGCCGCCGCAGCUGCUAACGGCGACGCCAAAGAACCCGCCAAGACGACGGAAGUUGAAAUUGAGGAAACGGUUGUCGUCCAAGAGAUUUCCAAAGCGCCCAAAGCCGCAGAGGAGCUUCAAACACAGGAAGUGAAAGACCGAGAUGGAGCGGGGCUCCAGAAAAAGCACGAGAGCGUCUCGUCGGAGAGCGAGAGCGACGAGGAAGCGGAAUAUCACCCCAAUGUCUCAGUGUCCAUCUCCCACACUCAAAUACCCGAGGAGAAAGAGGAGGAGGAGGCGGAAGAAGAGCAGGGGAAGAAGGAGAAGCUCACCGCCGCUUCCUCCCCUGUUGAGCCUGAGCAGGCUGCAGCCGCUGUAGAGGAAGAAGAGAAGCAGAGCUCAAAGGAGGAGGAGAAGAAGGAAGUGAGCACAGAAGAACCGAUGAUGACGCCCGAUGAAGCUUCCAAUGGUAUCACCUCGCGUGAAGAGGCGGCGUCUGUUGCCGCGGAGGAAGAAGAGCUGCCCAAAGUGAACGGGGAAACCUCAGUGGUGGAGGCGCGGCCACAGGUUAUUUGUUGUUCUGAGCCGCCUGUGGUAAAGACAGAAAUGGUGACAAUAUCAGACACGUUUGCGGCGCAGAAAACCGAGAUAGCCACCAAGGAGGUGCCCAUCGUACAUACGGAAACCAAGACCAUCACAUACGAAGCCGCACAGCUGGAUGGAAGUGGAGACGGAGAGCCUGGAGUGCUGAUGACCGCUCAGACAAUCACCUCGGAAUCUCUGUGCACCACCACCACCACGCACAUCACCAAGACAUUAAAGGGCGGCCUGUCGGAGACGAGGAUCGAGAAACGCAUCGUCAUCACCGGAGACUGUGACAUCGACCACGACCAGGCUCUGGCCCAGGCCAUUAAGGAGGCCAAAGAGCAACAUCCUGACAUGUCUGUCACCAGAGUGGUGGUUCAUAAAGAAACUGAACUGGCCGAGGAGGACGAUUGACGCAACUCAGAGCUGAAGAGCCCAGCCGGAAGGUCGACUCUCUGCUGAAGACCAUCAUCAUCAUCAUCGUCACCACCCCCUGCGACCGCAAUGACCUUGGAGAGAGGGAGAGCGAGAGAACACCAUCUCCGAGUUGGUCUCUCUCAAAACAAAAAUCCCCCAAGACGUGAAAAUAACGACAACGCACUAAGGGAGCGAAAAAAAAACACUUUUGUUAGCUUAACAUUUGUAGUGUGUUUUUGUUUUUAUAGUUUUUUUUAACUGUUUUCCAAAAGAGACAGAGGGGAUGCACUGAUAUAAUUAUUACCAUGCAUUUGUCCUACACACACAUUCCUCAUCCAGCGUCAUCUUCCUUCCGCCGUAAAACUGCAGCUCCCUCCCUCACGUGUGUAAAUUGUACAGUACUACCCACACAUAACCACAAUUCUCACAUACUAAUGGUACCAACAGGUGGGAUUUAAACCACUCACUCCAGAAGAUUCUUUUAUUCCACCCCUCCCCUCUACUCUUCAUCAACAUUCCUUGUGUGUUCACAGCAUUUCAAGCUUGAUAAGCUUCUUUUUUAUAAAAUAAAUGGGAAUGAUUUGAGGCGACAAAUGGUGUAGGUAUGUAUAGUUCCUGUUCCUGUGCAGGGAGGCAAGGGAGCGCAUGUUCACUUGGGAGAGAAAAUGUCUCAAAGUCCUCGUUUUCACCCCCUCCUGGAGGGAUACGAAUGGGACAGGACACAACAGUGCAUGAUGGCUUUGGAAGUGUAUAGGUGACAUGGGUUCAUUUUGUGUUUAGUUUCUUAUUAUCAGGCAGGUUUUUGGGUAUAUUAGGUGAUGUUUUACCUUGACAUGCUUCCACUGUCACCACAAGUGUCACCUGACUGCUGUGACGUGCAGAGCCGCCCCUAUGGGCGGGAGGCAAAGAGGGCGCAUUCUCUGCAAAUGCACCAAGGAUGCGCAUCACUGCCAAAGAGGCGUGUAAUCCUAUCUGUCAAUCCCUGGUGGUGUAAUAGUACCACUGUUGCCUUUUGUGGCAGAGGGUACUAAAAAUAUACUUCCAAAGCGUGAUCACCUGACACCAUCUAAUAUACCUUAAAAAAAAAAGACUCAACAUAUAUGUAUAGAUUUGGGGUGCACAGUAAUUAUCAGACAGAUAAUUAGCAGGCCGAUAUGAGGGAAUUAUGACAUACUGAUAAGUCCGAUAACAUUAAAAAUAGCGCACAUAACCGAUUAAUUAAAAAAAAAAAAACGCUGCAAUGAGGCGAGAUUACCCGUACCGUGCAGGUGAGGAAAUCAAACGCUCCGUCAUUCCACUUUACCCGUACCGUGCAGGUGAGCAAAACAAACGCUCCUUCAUUCCACUGCCUGUGACGUUAACGGCCUGUCGUAACUUCCCCUGAACUCACUUGUGAACAAAUGUUCACUUUGCGAGAGAUUUCAAUCCGUGCUAGUUGUACCAAAUGCUCCGCGAUGAGGGAGAAGAAUACCCCCAUCGCACACACAAAAAACCUUACCAGCCGCCUGAAAUGCCAGCACCGCUGGGUUUCAAAAGCGCAAAAGGUUUGCCACAGACCUCCGUGGCGUCACACCGGCUGCUCUGCACGUGUGCCCGAAUAUAGUGCACCUUGCUGGCCACAGCAGGUGGCCCCUCCUGCUCUAUACUCUGGUUCUCCUGAUAGUAGUGAUGUGGUAGUAGUAAUGUCAUGAUGUUGAUUAGGACAAAUGCUAAUUUGUUCAAGUCCUUCUUACCUCCAUCUAAAUUUAAAAGUAGACAUAAAAAAGUUAGUGGUUAUCGAUAUCAUAUCGGUCAUGAGAAGCAGAAAGUUAUUGGUAUUGGUUUGAGAAAAAAAAAAGAUAACGUGCAUCUCUAGUAAAGAUCACAUUAUCACAGCACGUACAGUGUGUCUAGACUAGAAUCAUUUUUGCGCUUGGCUAUAUGCAAGUUAUGUGACGUCAUUAAAAAAAAAAUUAAAAUCAGCCAGUUUUAGAGCCACCGGUGCUGCUCUUUACACACAAUCGGCAGCAGUGAACGCAGCACUAAAGGGGAAAAGAUUCACAUUUUAAGCAUUAGCGGCACAAUCGUCACUAGUAGCAAGGUAAAUAUGAAAAAAUAUAACAUUCCGUGUUUUUAAAUUGAGCCACUCUGUCCUGUCUUGCCUGGAACAAAAAAAAAACAUCUGAAAUUGGACUUGUUUUGAGUACACUUUUAAUUGGAAUUAUUUUAACCUCACGUGUUAUUAUUUUUGACUGCAUUUGCAAUGCAUUGCAAUGACAUUCCUCCUUCUUGCAAAGAAUUUUCAAAUAAAAAGUAAAGCUAAAAAAAAAUGUAUAUGAUGUCACAUGAUGUAUGUACUGGCAGUCUGUUUUUCUCAACCUGUGGUGUGACAGGGCAGAUUUUCUUGUGCCCUCUCUUUGAUAUUUGUUGUUUUUUUAAAUGAACACCACGUGAAUCAUCUUUCACUCUAAGCUAGAAGCAGAGUGUUUUAAUUACCCAGAUUUCCUGGUAUUCCUGGUCAUUGUAGGUGUGCAUUUACCAGGAUUCCUGAGGCCAAGGCAGCUCCACAAAGUCACUACUUGCUGGCUUAAAAAAAAAAAAAAUCAGUAAAGUCAAAUUAUUCAUCAACAAUCAAAACCAGCUGCAGCAUCUUUGUGUAUUUUCACCACAAAAACAUCAACUGCUCCACAGUAGCCCACCUGUGUCAACAAGGAGGUUCCUUUCUAUCUCGACACUUAAUUGUCUUGUAUCACUCUCCCAAAAACACACAAAGCAACUCCUACCUUGUGUAACACUUUAAAUAAAGGAUUGUAAUACUC